CACUGGCUUGUUUUUGCGUUUGUUUUUUGUAUACACGACAACCCUGCACCACAAGGGAGAAAAAACCAAUUGUUUUGCAAACAAAUCAUAAUUAUCAGAGAAAAUAUAGUUCUUAACAGAUAUGGACGAUAGCGUAAUACUGCUGGACGAUUCACAGAACAGUGUGGAGAUCGUGGAGGACGACGUGGAAGACGGAGAGCUGGACGAUGAAGUGGAAUUUGUGCCGCCUGAAGAAGUGACCCAAAAAUGGGUCGAACCGGCCGCCAAAACUAAGAAAACUGCAAGAGAUAAUGUCAGACAGGAAACCACCAAAGAAGAUGGGGACCACCUGGUUUUCGAGGUGAGAUUCCACAAGAAGGAGCACUUCGCCAGUAUGCAAAAACAAAUGCUGGCGGUUUUGGAACACACUUUUGCCGAGAAGCAAUUGCUUUUCCGGGCAAACCCAGAGGAAUUAAUACUAGCUGCCUUUGAGAACAGUGAGUUGCCGAUGGAAGAAGACGCUGUGGACACCGAGGAUCUAUUCCUGAUCGACACCCAGCCGGUGGCCAAACUAAAUGCCUCCCAAGUUCCCUCCUACAAACGCUGCAAUUCAGACAUCCUGGAUGAGCAGACGGAGGCAAGAAAAAAACUGAAAGCGGACGAGGUCAACAAGUGCUUUCGGCCCAAGGCGCAAUCCUCGUGCUUCAAUUGCGGCGACACAGAUCACUCCCUGCGCGAGUGUCCCAAGCCGAGGAACAAUGCCAGGAUUAAUCGGGCUCGCAAAAAGAACAGCAACCGCAUGGAGCGGUAUCACGUGGAUACAGAGCAGCGCUUUGGUCACAUACGCCCCGGCAAGAUCAGCACCAAGACGCGCCACGCCAUGGGCUAUAGCCGCGGCCAGUUGCCAUUCAUGUUCUACCGCCUCAGGGUACUGGGUUACCCACCCGCCUGGUUGGAGGAAGCCAAGGUCCAGAGCUCGGGCAUAGCUCUGUUUAAUGCAGAUGGCACAGAGGUCACCAAAUCAGACGACGAAGACGGAGAGUCGGACACCUUUAAAUACGACAUCAACAAAAUAGUCGAGUAUCCUGGCUUCAAUGUUAGGGCCUCUGACAAAGUCUUCGAUGAAUAUAAGCAUCACAACGUGCCGCCGUUUCAAGAAAGCCAUUCCAAGGCUAACUUUAUCAAAUCACUGGGGGAAAACGUGAUCAACGGUUACAAGCGCAAGAAGCUGGUGGAUUUGCCAGCACCACACGACCAAGCUCCCAUUCCCAGCGAGGAGCAGACCUGCUUUGGUGACUACGACAUGGAGCUGGUGGACGAAGCAGAGGAUCCCCCGCUGCCACCGACAACGCCUCCACCACCACCACCUCCACCAGAGGAAGAGGACCGUGAUGAAGAGGAGACACGGUCGCCAUCACCAAGUCUGGAUGAUUUGAGGGCACAGCAAGAGAAGCUAUUGCAGCAGUUGGAGAGUAAUACGUCCCUAAAUACGACGGCGAAUGAAUCGCUAUCACAGACUGACCUGGAGGACACCACUGAGGUGGAGGAACCUGCCUUGAAAUCCAAAGAGAUUGAGCAAAGGCAAUCAUCUCCUGCCGCCCCCUUUAAAGCGUCCUUUGAGGGAACCCCUCUGCUGAAAUUCUCCGUUUACGAUAAAUUGCCCGUGGGCAGCAACUUCAAGGCAGGCGUCAGCGACGUCAUUAACUUUGAGAAUCUGCCCGAUUCCACCGGAAAGUACGAACAAAUGAAGGGUCUCCUGAAGAACGUGCGCGAAAAGAUGGUAAGACUGCAGAACGAGAACUGACAAGCCCAUGGACAAAU